GCCAUAGCGUUCGCCCCUCACGCGGAUCGCUCCCCUAUCCAACGCCUCCCGCGCCCAUCUCCAACUCUACAUAUCCCUGCCCACUCGUCUCCUCCCAAACCAUCCAAUUCCAAAAAUCCCCAAAUCCUUCUUCUUCCCCGGGAAAAAACACGGAGCUGCGGAGAUGUCUGGCCGCGGCAAGGGCGGCAAGGGGCUCGGCAAGGGCGGAGCGAAGCGCCACCGGAAGGUGCUGCGCGACAACAUCCAGGGCAUCACGAAGCCGGCGAUCCGGCGGCUGGCGCGUCGUGGUGGCGUGAAGCGCAUCUCGGGGCUCAUCUACGAGGAGACCCGCGGCGUGCUCAAGAUCUUCCUCGAGAACGUCAUCCGCGACGCCGUCACCUACACGGAGCACGCGCGCCGCAAGACCGUCACGGCCAUGGACGUCGUCUACGCCCUCAAGCGCCAGGGCCGCACCCUCUACGGCUUCGGCGGCUAGGGUUUUCCUUUCCUUCCUCGUAGAGGCUUGUUUUAUCGAGCGAUGCCUGGGCAUCCUGGUGGUGGUAGUUUGGUGUCGGAUCUGGUGUUCCUGAUGUAACCGUGCUCUGUUGCAGUGAAGUGAAUCCUGGUGUUUAUUUCAA